UUAAUCGAGCAUGAGAGGAGUAGAUUUAAUUUUAUUCGCAAAAAAAUCUAGUAGAGAAGAACGAAAUCGUUCGUGCUAAUUGUGCUGUCGGUGUUUGCUCGAAUAACAGUCUCGUGUUCCUCUCUUUGCAAAUUAAUUUAAAAAAACUAAUUCAAAAAAUGGCUCCUCCAUCAUACUCAGAUCUUGGCAAACAAGCCCGCGAUGUCUUCGGCAAGGGUUAUCAUUUUGGCUUGUGGAAAUUGGACUGCAAGACCAAGACAUCAUCUGGUAUUGAAUUCAACACAUCCGGUCACUCAAAUCAGGAUUCUGGAAAAGUUUUCGGUUCCCUGGAAACCAAGUACAAAAUCAGUGAUUAUGGUUUAACAUUGACCGAGAAAUGGAACACAGACAACACCUUGUUCACUGAGGUUGCCAUGCAAGAUCAAGGCGCAAAGGGAUUGAAAAUCUCUUUCGAAGGUACCUUUGCUCCACAAUCUGGCAACAAGAACGGCAAAUUCAAGGUCGCCUAUGGCCAAGAGAAUGUCAAGGUUGAUUCCGAUGUCAACGUUGACUUGGCUGGUCCAUUGGUUAAUGCUGCUGCCGUAUUCGGCUACCAGGGAUGGUUGGCUGGUUACCAAACCGCCUUCGAUACCCAAAAAUCAAAGAUCACCACCAACAACUUUGCCUUGGGCUACACCACCAACGAUUUUGUCCUCCACACAGCUGUGAACGAUGGCCAAGAAUUCAGUGGCUCAGUGUUCCAGAAGUGCUCCGACAAAUUGGACUGCGGUGUACAAUUGUCCUGGACUUCGGGCUCCAACGCCACCAAAUUCGGUCUCGGCGCUAAAUACCAAUUGGACAAGGAUGCCGCCGUCCGCGCCAAGGUUAACAACAAUAGCCAAGUUGGUCUCGGCUACCAACAAAAACUUCGUGAUGGCAUCACUCUUACUCUUUCCACUUUGAUCGAUGGCAAGAACUUUAAUGCUGGCGGUCACAAGAUCGGUGUUGCUCUAGAGUUGGAAGCCUAAAAAUGCUCACAACAAAAAAAUCAACAUAACAUCAAAGAAUAAAACAGUCUCUAGCAGUAAUAAAAUAAAAACAAACAAGAAAAUUAAUAAACAAAGAAAAAUAAAAACUAUAAUGUUAAAACUAAAUAAAACAGAAAAGACAGAAAAAUCAGUAUAAAGAGAGAAUUUAAAUUGUGUGAGAUAUGCGGGAAAGGGAUCACCUUGAACGGAGAGAAGGGAACUUUUUUUGUUUGUUAAGACCUAAAGACAAAAUUUAAA